ACAACAAAAAACCCAAAGCUUUAGGACGUUCCUCACUUCUUCGUAUGAAUUUGCAAUCUUUAUCAAUUUUCUUCUUCGUCGUCGUCGUCUUCUUCCAAUUCUGUCAAUCUGAAAUGACAACGCCCGGAGGCCUUAAACCCUCUCAUGGAUGCGAGAACAGCGCCGACCUCGAGCACUUGGCUCGCUUUGCCGUUGAAGAACACAAUAAAAAAGAGAAUGCGUUGCUUGAAUUUGUGAGGGUGGUGAAGGCACAAGAACAAGUUGUUGCGGGUACUCUGCAUCAUCUUACUCUGGAAGCCAUUGAUGCCGGAAAGAAGAAGCUUUACGAAGCCAAAGUGUGGGUUAAGCCAUGGAUGGACUUCAAAGAGCUCCAGGAGUUCAAGCACGCUGGUGAUGCCUCCCCUUCCUUUACUUCUUCAGAUCUUGGCGUCAAGCAAGAUGGGCAUGGCCAAGGAUGGAAAUCAGUGCCAGCACACGAUCCACAAGUUCAGGAUGCUGCAAACCAUGCUAUCAACACCCUCCAGCAGAGGUCUAACUCAUUAUUCCCUUAUGUUCUUCAAGAGGUAGUUCAUGCUAAGGCAGAGGUGAUUGAUGAUUCUGCCAAGUUUGAUAUACUGUUGAAAGUCAAGAGGGGAGACAAAGAGGAGAAGUAUAAGGCUGAAGUGCAUAAGAACAUUGAAGGGAACUUCCAUCUCAACCAGAUAGCGCCAGACCACUCUUGAUUGUGGCGUUUGCUCUUAGAAUGGUGAAUCUUGUAUUGCAGAAACGAUGCCCUUGUUGGUCUACUACUUUUUUAACUUUUACUUGGUGAUGUUAAUUAAGACGUAGUUAUGAUUUCAAAACUGAUAUAUAAUAUGAGUGCUUUGUUUGUAAUACAUCAUGCUUAAAAUUGCCAGCGGUUUGCUUUGUAAUUUUAAAGAUUCUUAUAUAUACAUAAUGCUCUCCUCUUUUCGCUA